GGCGACCAUCCUGAGAUGCGACGCCGACGAUUCGGUCAUUGGGUCCAACUUUUACCUGAUCGUAUCCGACCAAACUAAUCCGCAAAAUCUUCACCUCUAGAUCUGAAUUCUACGAGAAGGUGGAAGCCUACACGUUCGUCAAACAUGGACGAUCGUCUCAGCCGCAAGGGAGAGAAAGGGGCUCUCCAUGGAAAAAUAAUCACUUCUACUUUCAAUUAUUUAGUGUUGAUAAUGGUUCAAAACUCUGACAGAAUACGUAAUCAACCGCUGUUGGAAUGAGUUACGAAGAAGCCAAACCGUAUUCUAGCUUGAAGGUGAGAAGGUACUCUUCGCCGCCGAACCAUUUCAGAAACUUCCAUCCCCAGCUGGUAAACAAAAACCUAAAUUUACCCUAAUUUAUUUUUUAAUUCCGAUUUUGAAGCAUUUUGUAUUUAUAAAUUUUGUUGUUUUGCUUAAGUUCAAUUUUUUUUUUCUCGGCCACCGGUGUGGUCGUCUUCUGGAAAAGAGAACCAGAGAAGAUUGGUGUGGGAGUUUCAUGCGUGGGGUAGAAACAAUUGAGAACAGAAUAAUUAAAAACAAACUAUGAGUUUUUUUUUGUUGGGAAAAACAAUUGAGGGGUAAAUUAGUCAUUUAUUGUUUUUUUUAACGGUUAUUUAAUGGAAAUUUGAUGGAAGAAUAUGUUUGUUAUCUUUUCAUGGUUAAAGGAUAUGUUUGUGCAAAAUAAUAGUAGAAGGGCAUGUUUGUUAACUUGCAAUAGUACAGGAGCACAAAAUGCUAUUAUCCCAAUGAAAAUCAAGAAAAAAAUGACAAUAAAUGUGUUCACUUGUCCAUUUCGUUUUCCUGAAAAAAAUCAAUUAUUGCAAAUAAGAAAGCUGUGAGAAAACAAAUAGUCGUUUCCUAGAAACAAAACAGCAGGUUAUUCCUCGUUGUUCAGCGGAAUACGUGCACUGUUCAUUAAUGAGGUCCCGCUUUCGAUUUCCCGCGACUACAUAUUUUUUCUCCUUUUCCUGAGCUGCUUCUACACGCGGUCGUUUUAGCCCAGACGACUUCUCGCUCGACCUUUCCUCCCAUAACACCAGCGGCCGUCAUCUCCCUCUCACUCCAGCAGUCGCGAGGAUCGUCACUCUCCUUCUACCCCGAAACCACCACCAGCCCAUUAUCUUCCUCUCCGUCCAGCAACCACCAGCCCUUUCGAGCUUCCCUUCUCCAGGCGGCUGCAGGAUGGACUCCCGAUUUAUGCUCAUCGGUGGGAAAUUCUGGCCAGAAUUAGGGGUUACCAGGUAACAAUAGUUAUUUUUAGGGUUAAUAGCAUUUUGUACCCCUCUAUUAUCGUAAAUUAAAAAAACGUACCCCUCUCCUAAAUUUUCGCACAAACAUACCCUUCUAAAAUUAAAACGUAACGAAUUUACCCUUCCGUCUAAUUAUCCGUUAAGUGGUCGUUAAAGUAGUUGGGAAAUGACCCAAUUACCCCUCCUUUACUCCUAAUUUCAAUUUUAAUUAUGUUAUUUAUUAUUUAUUUAUGUCCCAACCAAUUAAUUAAAAGUGGGUACAACUAUUUGGCUCCAACCAACAAUAAUGACGACUCCUUCUUUCUCUACAACUCUUCCUCUUACCUCCCCUGCAAGCGGCACCGUUCUUCUUCCCCGCCCGUCGGAAUCUGCCCCCACUGCCUCAACUCCUCACUUUGGUCUGCUCAACAACAAUUACAGUCUGAAAGUCGGCAACGUCUCCUUCCAGAUCAAGAAUGAUGCUCAAUCAAAGCCUUCCAACACUCUAGAGCAUUCGAAUUACAACAAGCCGCCGCAGCAGCCGCCGAUGGGAAGUUCUGAUCUUGAAGAGGAGUAGCAACAGCUCGGUGGAGAUCAAGCGUCGGAAAGGUGGGUUCUGGAAAAUUGAGAGGUUCUUCACCAGGAGAUCGAAGGACAAGGUGGGUAGUGGAAGUGGUAACGGAAUUUCGCACAACGUCGCUGGAAUUGAAUACCAGAGUGAGAUUGGAUCGUGUGCUUUGCUCAACGCCCUGGCGUGCCCAAUUUGGAGAAGCAUUGGUCUUCCAUGAGAAAAUGGUGGAGUCUGAUCACUGCCCGAUCAGACUGGAGCUUCAUUAUCGGGGAAACAGGAGGAAGAAGACUCCCUUUAGGAUUGAUGAAAGAUGGCUGGAGAAAGAAGAAUGCAAGGAGAUAAUAGCCCUAGCGUGGGACCCGAAAGGCCAAUCAACUGAACAGCUGAACAAAUGUGAAAGAGAUUUAAAGGAGUGGGCAAAAGAUUUCCAUAAGAAUAGUAUGCAAAGGGAGCAAGAAAUACUUUCUAGGUUCGAAAUUCUUCAACAGACGCCAAGAACGACUGAGAAUGUGGAGGAGGAGAAGCUGCUUACUAUUGAAUUGACUAAGCUAUGGAGGGAUGAAAAAGCGUUCUGGAGCCAAUGCUCGAGAGUUAACUGGCUCCAAAAAGGUGAUCAUAAUACUUCCUUCUUUCAUUCAAGCACUAUCUAUAGGAAGCAUAGAAACAAAAUUAUGAAACUCAAAGAUGGAGAAGGAAAUUGGAUCGAAGAUGAAAAUAGUCUCAAAAGACAAGCAUAAGAGUUUUACAUGGAUCUUUUUAAGGCUAGGAAUCAGAUUCCUUUUAACCAUCUGUUGGAAGGCUUCCCUGAAAAAGUGACUACGGAGAUGAACGAGGAUCUCUGUACUACGGUGACUGAUGGGGAAAUAAGAAAAUCUAUUUUCUCAUUGGGUGCUCGCAAAGCUCCUGGUCCUGAUGGAUUCUCAAGAAGAUUUUAUAGGAGAUACUGGGAUAUCUUAGGAGACACCUUGUGUCGAGAAGUUAGAGGAUUCUUCGAAACGGCUACUAUGCCGGCUGGAUGGAAUGAGACUCAUAUUGCAAUGAUUCCCAAGGUCGAUAACCCUGAGCCGAUAAGCCAAUUCCGACCUAUUAGCUGCUGUAAUUUUAUAUACAAGAUCAUAUCUAAGAUUAUGGCAACGCGCCUCAAGUGAUGGACUCCUGAGCUAGUAUCAGAGCUCCAAACAGCAUUCACCGGGGGUAGGCUUAUUCAAGAUAAUAUCAUCAUUGUCCAUGAAGCCCUUCAUCAUUUCAAGAACCAAAAAUUGCGUAGGAGGAGAGAUAUGAUGCUGAAAUUGGAUAUGAAGAAGGCAUAUGAUAUGGUGGAUUGUGAAUGUCUGGAGGCUCUUCUCAAGAAGUAUGGGUUUGAAAGUAAAUGGUGUGGGUGGGUAGUGCAUGCAUUAGAACAAUCAGCUUCUCUAUUCUUUUCAAUGGAGAAGCAACUGACUCUUUCAAGCCUUCCCGAGGCAUUCGUCAGGGAGACCCACUCUCACCAUUCUUGUUCAUUCUCAUGUCAAACGCCCUCACCUUCUUGAUUGAUAAGGUUGUGGCGAACGAUAGUCUGAAGGGCAUUAAGCUGAACGCUAGAUGCCCAGUGCUCACCCAUUGCCUGUUUGCAGAUGACACAGUCAUUUUCGGCAAGGCAGAUUACCAAGAAGCGCAGAAAAUUAUCGAUCUAAUUAGGGAGUGUGGAGCUAUCACUGGUCAAGAGGUUAAUAUAAACAAAUCUUAAGUUCUCUU